AUGCUAGCUCGGGGUGCUUCGCGAUGCUGCCAGACGCUGCGUCCGGCAUUGUCUCGGACCCCGGUGCGCUACGGCAAGGUCCAGCGCCGCCGCUAUUCCAUGCCCUCGAGUGCUGCUGCGCCGGUUAGUCCCAGCUCGGUGGGCGUGUUGGCGCCCUUCACCAACGAGCUUGACAAGAUCGCCCCCUCGUUCAGGAUCCAAGGCUCCCAGAUCAGCAUUAUCAAGUCGCCGGCCGAUUUCUACGACACCCUGAAGACCAAGAUCAGGGGUGCCAGGAGGCGCAUCUUCCUCUCCACCCUGUACAUUGGCAAGUCAGAGCAAGACCUGAUCGCGACUCUUCAGGACUCCCUACGAGCCAACCCGGACCUGAAGUUGAGCAUCCUUACCGACGCACUGCGAGGAACCAGGGAAGCCCCGAACCCGUCGUGCGCAUCCCUCCUUGCGCCCCUGAUCACCGAAUUUGGCCCCGAACGUGUCGAGAUACGCAUGUACCACACCCCGAACCUGACCGGGCUGCGGAAAAGGCAUAUUCCCAAGCGCAUCAACGAGGGAUGGGGGCUGCAGCACAUGAAGCUCUACGGCAUCGAUGACGAGAUCAUCUUGUCCGGCGCCAACUUGUCGACCGACUAUUUUACCAACAGACAGGACCGAUACCAUCUUUUCUCGUCCAAGGAGGUAACUGGAUACUUUGAAGGCCUAUACAGAGGUGUCACCUCUCUCAGCUUUCAAGUAGAGCCUAGCAAAACACCAUCCGGUUUCGAGCUCGUAUGGCCGGCCGAGAACGCGGCCCCAUCCCCUUUGGAGGACCCGAAGCAGUUCAUCUCGAGCUCAACCGCUGUUGUCAACUCGCUCAUCUCACCGAAGGAGGCCCUUCAAGCUCCUGCAGCCGGAAAAGAGGGUGCGGCUCCAGACACUACCGUUUACAUGCUUGGCCAGCUGUCACAACUGCUGAAGCCGGACACAUCGACCGAACUACCAGCAGUGUCUCAUGUCCUGCAGACGCUUUCCGCGCCUCAGUAUGCUGGAUCGUCGUGGACUUUCACCGCCGGCUACUUCAACCCGGCCCCAUCGUUGACAAACCUGCUCAUGUCUACUGCAUCAUCAAAUUGUACCGUCAUCACGGCAUCGCCACAGGCAAACGGCUUUUACGGAUCGAAGGGAGUUUCUGGCAUGCUGCCAGAUGCCUACACUCUGUUGGCCCGCCGUUUCUUGGAAGCUAUUCACCGACAGAAGCGCGAAGCCGCUAUUGUUCUGAAGGAAUGGCGAAAAGGCACAGUCGGUGAGCCUGAAGGCUGGACCUAUCAUGCCAAGGGACUCUGGAUCACUCUUCCCAAGGAGAACAGCCCGUCCAUGACCAUUAUUGGAAGCUCCAACUAUACCAAGCGCAGUUACUCUCAUGACCUGGAAGCCGGGGCUCUCAUUGUCACCGAAAAUGCUGAGCUGAAGAAACGGCUCGGAGAAGAGCAAGUCUGGCUACAGGACUAUGCGAAGCCUGUCAGCCUUGAAGAUUUCACAAGGACUGACCGGCGGGUGGGACUCCAUGUGCGGAUCGCCAUGUGGAUUGUCAAGGCUGUGGGUGGCGCGCUAUAG